UUAAAACCAAAAGUGCAGUACACACUUCAAUAGAGUUACAAGCUGAUAUACAGAAUGGAAGUGCCUCAUUUUAUUUUGAUUUUACAAACUGUUUUACUAAUAUUUGGAAUUUAUGUUUUGUUCCAUAUUGUGUCAUUUUUAAUAAGUGUCAGGAAAAUUAAGAAGCGUUUUCAUGGAGCGAAAGGACCAGAAAAUUCUCAUUGGUUGCUUGGUAGUUUCGUCAAUUUUCCAGCCGAGCCCCACGCACGUGCUAUGUAUUUGGUAGAGAUGGCUAACAAGUAUGGAAGUGAACAGGGCUACGUUCUGCUGUGGGGUAUGCUAAAGCAGCCCAUCGUUGUUCCAUGUAGCCCGACGGUAAUGGGUAGAAUAUGUAAAAGCAAUGAACCAAAGUCAAAAGGCAUCGGAGGUGCCUAUCGGUUUCUAGAACCAUGGCUGGGCGAGGGAUUGCUUGUUGCCAAUGGUGAAAAAUGGGCGCGAAAUAGACGUCUGCUAACUCCCGCCUUUCACUUUGAGAUUCUCAAACCGUACACCAAAGUGUUCAACCAGGCAGCUGACAUACUUGUGAAAAAGCUGGAUAGAAAAGCGAAAAGUGGGGAGAAAUUUGAGGCUUUUCAGCACGUUUGUUUGUGUACAUUAGAAGUCAUAUUGAAAUGCGCAUUUUCAUACAGUAAAGAUGUACAAAAUGCCGGGGAAACUAACCCAUAUGUGAAAGCGGUGAAUAGGUUAACAGAUGCUGUCACUUACAGAUUCUUACACCCGAUCACAUUUUUCGACUUCUUCUGGAACUUGUGUGCCGUCGGUCGACAGUUCCAAAAGGAUUGUAGUUUUGUUCACUCUGUGGCUGAGGAGAUCAUAGACAAGAGAAAGGCUACCUUGGAUCAGACCGGAAGUCCUAAAGGUAGUCGGUACAUUGACUUUCUUGACAUUCUCCUGACAGCACGUGACGAGGAGGGGCGGAGUCUCACUAGAAAGGAAAUACGAAAUGAAGUUGAUACCUUCUUGUUCGAAGGUCACGAUACAACAGCUAGUGCGUUAUCCUGGAUAUUGUAUUCUCUUGCGGAAAAUCCCGAAUGUCAGCGGAAAUGUCAGACGGAGAUUGACGAAUUACUCGCCGAAAGGGAAUCGGAUGAUUUGGAAUGGUCAGAUCUGAGCAAGUUGGAGUACGUUACCAUGUGUAUUAAAGAAGGCAUGCGCCUUAACGCGCCAGUUCCCGGUGUCAGCCGCGAGACGUCUGAAGAGUUUGAUCUUGGCGACAGAAUUGCGCCAAAAGGGACAAUUGUUCUCAUUAACGUAUGGAUAUUGAACCAUAUGGAGAACGUAUGGGGACCUGACCAUAUGAAAUUUAAUCCCGAACGAUUCUCAAAGGAAAAUAUAGACAAGAUUGAACAUUUUCAAUACGUGCCGUUCUCGGCGGGACCAAGGAAUUGUAUAGGACAGAACUUUGCAAUGAAUGAAGAAAAGGUCAUAUUGUCAAAGCUGUUGAGAAAUUUCACAUUCCGGCUUGAUCCGAACUUUGAGGUGAAGAGGAAUAUAUCCGGUGUUAUGAGGGCAAAAAAUGGAAUUUACAUGUAUGCUGAAAAACGACAACACUGAAA